AGGGCGCGGAGAAUAGAUGGGCGACUGCCUCGCUAGUUUAUUCAAGGAGGAAGAUAAAGGUAUGAGAGGGGCAGGGCAUGGAGAACAGAAGUAGGCUAGAUUAAAUACAAGUAAAGGAUCUCUUGAUGAUUCUUAGAUCUAGGGCUGUUUAUUGACUAGUGUGUAUCAUAAUCGAUUGACUGCAAGGGAAAUCAUUUACACGUUUUAUUCAUACUAUCAUUAUAAUGCGGAAGGCAUGUCUUGUAAAGUGACAUGUCACGACAGAGCGAUAAUAUCAGCGUAGUCGGUCGAUAGCGAAGUAUUAAGUGAUAGGCUUAUACGGAACAAAAUAAACCGAGGAGAAGGCGAACUAUGAACCGAAGAUGAUUUCUGCUAAGAAAACUCCGGAAAAGAGUCGUUAUCCUAUUCACGAUAUGGUGUGGCACAACAAACAUCGGAAGCUGGAGAAAGCGCUAUCCGCGAACGAGCAGGUGGAUGUGGAGACCCUGGACCCCCGGGGUCGGACCCCCCUCCACCUGGCUGUCACUCUGGGUCACCUGGACUGUGCCCGCCUGCUCCUCCAACAUGGUGCCGACGUCAGCAAGGAGAACCGCAACGGAUGGACGGUGCUCCAGGAAGCAGUCAGCACACGAGACCCAGAGCUGGUGCGCCUAGUUCUGCAUUACCGUGACUACCAGCGGACCACUAAGAGACUGGCGGGAAUCCCUGUCCUCCUGGAGAGACUGCACCAGGCUCAGGACUUUUACGUGGAGAUGAAAUGGGAGUUUACUAGCUGGGUGCCGCUGGUGUCUCGUAUCUGUCCCAGUGACACGUACCGCGUGUGGAAGAGUGGCCAGUGUCUGCGUGUAGACACCACUCUCAUGGGCUUUGAUCAGAUGACCUGGCAGAGAGGAAACCGAAGUUUCAUCUUCCGGGGUCAAGACUCCAGUGCAGUGGUGAUGGAGGUGGACCACGACAGACAGCUGGUGUUCUGUGAGACCCUGUGUGUGUCUUCUCUGACGUCUCCCUCGCCUCAGCGGGGCACUACCGGCCUGGGCCUCCUGGGGGCACUACUGCCCAGUGAGGAGCAGGUGGCAGCCCGCCUCUCCGCCCCCGUGGUCACCACCCAGCUAGACACCAAAAACAUCACCUUUGAGAGGAAUAAGACUGGCAUCCUUGGCUGGCGCAGUGAGAAGACAGAGAUGGUGAACGGGUACGAGGCUAAGGUGUACGGCGCCUCCAAUGUGGAACUGAUCACUCGAACCCGAACGGACCAUCUCAGUGAGCCACUCAAGGCGAAGCCCAAAGGCGGUAAGACGCCCCUGCAGAACUUCCUAGGGAUCGCCGAGCAACACGUGGGGCCCAACAAUGGGGCCCUAGUGACUCAGAUGUCAAGUCCUGCCGUGACCAACCCCACAGCCCUGACAGCCGAGGAGUACUUCAAUCCCAACCUGCCCCUGGGCACCCGGGAUAUUGGCCACCCCUGUCAACUCACCACCAAGACUCAGAGGUUCAAGGCUAAGCUGUGGCUGUGUGAGUCCCAUCCUCUGUCCUUAGCGGAGCAGGUGGCGCCCAUCAUUGACCUCAUGGCCAUCUCCAACGCCCUCUUCGCCAAGCUCAGGGACUUCAUUACCCUGCGACUGCCCCCCGGCUUCCCUGUCAAGAUCGAAAUUCCCAUCUAUCACAUCCUGAAUGCCCGGAUCACCUUUGGGAACCUGAACGGGUGUGAGGAGGGGUCUGUGACAGGGCCGGACCGGGUGGAGGGGGAGGUGGACAGACAGAAGGACAGCAGCCCCAGGACUGACACAGACACCCCCUCCCCAGGCAGCGACUCUUCUAGUGUCUCCAGCUCCAGCUCCACGACGUCGUGUCGUGGAGGGGAGAUCCCCCCGUGUGUGUUCGAGCCCCCUCAGGGUUACACUGUGCUGGGAGGCAACCAGAGGGCAAACAACAUGCGUGGUGAUGAGGAGGAGGACCUGCUGCAGUUUGCCAUCCAACAGAGUCUGCUGGAGGCUGGCUCUGAGUACGACCAGGUGACUAUCUGGGAGGCGCUGACCAACAGCAAGCCCAGCACACGUACUCUUCCCUGUGACCCCAGUCGCCUGCAAAGGACUCCUCAGCACAGGCCUUGUCCUCCAGCCAGCCUCUGUAACACGCCCACCAAGAAGCCCCCCGCAGCCUGCAGCUACGACCAGCAGCUCCGCCUGGCCAUGGAGCUGUCGGCACGGGAGCAGGCAGAGGCCGAGCUACGGCGACGGCAAGAGGAGGAGGAGCUGCAGCGGACCAUCCAGCUGUCACUCAUGGAGAAAUGAGAGCCUGAUUGGCCAGAUAGGCUGUAGGAGGUAUGGGAAAGGAGGAGAAGGAGGAGGUGGAGAGAAGGUUGUCAAUAGGAGCACCCUACUCCUGGCUGUGACAGCCCUGCUCCUCCGACAGUCACAUAUCCCCUUUCCCACUGCGCUCCUUCAAUAAGAGCCUGUCUGUGUGGCACAACAGGGCUCUACAGUGCUGAUACAGCUACAGUAUAGACUCACUACUCUCUGCUGCCACUCUGCACUCGCAGUCAGUGGAAGUUUACAAAAAACACUUUUAUGGAAUGCUACAUUGACCGACCACAUCAGUGGUGCUAGGAUAAUACAAAUUGUGUUUGUGUGUGAAGGCCAUGCGUUAAUAAACGGUCCUGUGAUUGGGGGAUAGGGUUUGUGUCCACUUCACAGACCUGGGCCUUAUUCAUUAGUCACCAAAUGAAAGAAAAUGUAAUGAAACAGGGACGGACUACUUGAAAUUGUCUAAUAAGAAACACUUGUUUUCGUUUACUGUUGCAAAUAAUUCUGCUAUAGUGUGCCCUAAUGAAUACUGCCCUCUGUGUGAGUGUCAGGUGGGUCAAAGGGGUGGGAUGUUGACAUACCCUAUUACUUCUUCAUUUUUAAUAAUUGCUACAUCACCACCCCCCCCCCCCCUCCCCUUUGAUUUGCGCAAAAUCGAAACGUACUGUAUUUACACUGGAUGGAAUCUUGAUGACUGUUUGUGGUUCUAAUAUGUAGAUAGAAUAAUAACCCUGUAGAGUUCAUGUUAAUAUGAUAACACUAUGACAGGAGUUCAUAUUGAUAUGAUAACACUAUGACAGGAGUUCAUGUUAAUAUGAUAACACUAUGACAGGAGUUCAUGUUAAUAUGAUAACACUAUGACAGGAGUUCAUGUUAAUAUGAUAACACUAUGACAGGAGUUCAUAUUGAUAUGAUAACACUAUGACAGGAGUUCAUAUUGAUAUGAUAACACUAUGACAGGAGUUCAUGUUAAUAUGAUAACACCAUGACAGGAGUUCAUAUUGAUAUGACAACACUAUGACAGGAGUUCAUAUUGAUAUGAUAACACUAUGACAGCAAUUCAUGUUAAUAUGAUAACACCAUGACAGGAGUUCAUAUUGAUAUGAUAACACUAUGACAGGAGUUCAUGUUAACACUAUGACAGGAGUUCAAAUUGAUAUAACACUGACAGGAGUUCAUGUUAAUAUGAUAACACUAUGACAGGAGUUCAUAUUGAUAUAAUAACACUAUGACAGGAGUUCAUAUUGAUAUGAUAACACUAUGACAGGAGUUUGUGUUAAUAUGAUAACACCAUGACAGGAGUUCAUAUUGAUAUGAUAACACUAUGACAGGAGUUCAUAUUGAUAUAACACUAUGACAGGAGUUCAUGUUAAUAUGAUAACACCACGACAGGAGUUCAUGUUAAUAUGAUAACACCACGACAGGAGUUCAUGUUAAUAUGAAAACACCACGACAGGAGUUCAUGUUAAUAUGAUAACACCAUGACAGGAGUUCAUAUUGAUAUGAUAACGCUAUGACAGGAGUUUGUGUUAAUAUGAUAACACCAUGACAGGAGUUCAUAUUGAUAUGAUAACACUAUGACAGGAGUUCAUAUUGAUAUGAUAACACUAUGACAGGAGUUCAUAUUAAUAUGAUAACACCAUGACAGGAGUUCAUGUUAAUAUGAUAUAACCAUGACAGGAGUUCAUGUUAAUAUGAUAUAACCAUGACAGGAGUUCAUGUUAAUAUGAUAACACCAUGACAGGAGUUCAUGUUAAUAUGAUAACACCAUGACAGGAGUUCAUGUUAAUAUGAUAUAACCAUGACCUACACUAUAUGGCUACACAUGAAUGAAUACAUACUGAACAAAAAUAUAAACGCAACAUGCAACAAUUUCAAAGAUUUUACUGAGUUACAGUUCAUUUGAGGAAAUCAGUCAAUUCAAAUAAAUUCAGUUGGUCCUAAUCUAUGGAUUUCACAUGACUGGGAAUACAGAUAUGCAUCUAUUGGUCACAGAUACCUUAAAAAAAGGUAGGGGCAUAGAUUAGAAAACCAGUCGGUAUCUGAUGUGACCAUUUGCCUCAUGCAGCACGACACAUCGCCUUCGCAUAGAGUUGAUCAGGCUGAGCACGCAGAUGAGCUUCCCUGAGACGGUUUCUGACAGUUUGUGCAGAAAUUCUUCGGUUGUGCAAACCCACAGUUUCAUCAGCUGUCUGGGUGGUUUGUCUCCAGACGAUCCCGCAGAUGAAAAAGACGGAUGUGGAGGUCAAGGACUGGCAUGGUUACACAUAGUUAGCGGUUGUGAGGCCAGUUGAACAUACUGCUAAAAAAAACGUGUGACAUUGGAGGAGGCUUAUGGUAGAGUAAUAAACAUCUCUUGCCAGAGAAUGUAGUGGGCAUUCCUGCAGUCAAUUGCACGCUCCCUGAAAACUUGAGACAUCUGUGGCAUUGUGUCGUGACAACACUGCACAUUUUAGAGUGGCCUUUUAUUGUCCUCAGCACAAGGUUUUGUAAUGUUCAUACUGUUUAAUCAGCUUCUUGAUAUGCCACACCUGUCAGGUGGAUGGAUUAUCUUGGAGAAAUGCUCACUAACAGGGAUGCAAACAAAUUUGUUCCCAAAAUUUGAGCGAAAUAAUCUUUUUGUGCGUAUGGAACAUUUCUGUGAUCUUUUAUUUCAACUCACGAAACAUGGGACCAAUGCUUUACAUGUUGCGUUUAGAUUUUUGUUCAGUGUAGGUGCAUCUUUUUCACGGAGGUUAUUACAGGGAGCACAUAUAUUGUAGGUUUAUGUUAUGAAGGGAGAGGUGAGACAGAGAUAAUAGGAGAUGACAUAAAUGGGGACUGGUGGAGAUUAGUUUCAUGGUGAGCUUUGUGAGUUUAUUUUACUGGGGGGGGAAAGCCUCUGCACUCAAUAUGAAUGGAGCUGUGAUGUGUUUGUCUGCGUGGGGAGUGGAGUGGUACUUGUGUGACAUUUCAGCAUGGCCGACACUUGUGUGGGUGUUCAUUUCUUUGUCACAGGUUGCUUGUUUGUUUUUUUUACUUAAAAAAAAAAACUAUGAAACAAAGAACAUUAGGACAUCAGCACAAAUUAGGAGUCUGGUUCAUACUCCUAUUUAUUGUUUAGCUUGCCAGAUUAUUAUUUUAAGUGGCUGGUUUUCACAAAGUAGGAGCUAAAGGCAAUGAAACAUUUUUGUGGCGUAUGUAAGGAAGUCAAUAAAAUCACUUUUUUUGGAACGUCUGUGGUAUUCCUGUUACUUUCAUUAAACAUUCACAAUUUAUCAGAUGACUUAUCUCCAGGACCACACCAGUGUCUAAAAGAUGUUCUACGUUCUGUUAAAAUUAUACGAUAAGAAAAAGUCCUUAAGAAUUACUCUGGAUGUCAUCAUAGAACAGGCAAUACUAUAACCUGUAUUAACCAGCAUAAUCUUCACUGCAGUUGAAACAUUGGUGUAAAGUACUUAGUCAACAAUAUUUUAAAGUACU